AGGAAAUAUGGGCAAAAACCUAUCAAAGGAUCACCUUAUCCAAGAGGCUACUACAGGUGCAGUACAUCAAAGGGUUGUUCUGCCAAAAAACAAGUGGAGAGAAGCAAAACUGAUGCUUCAGUGCUCAUAAUCACCUACACUUGUAGCCAUAAUCAUCCAGGCCCUGAUGUCUCCACCACUAACUUGACCCAAUUGCAACCCAGCACUGAAGAUCAUAAUCUCCCAGCCCUACUUCCCAAACAGGAAGAGCAAGAGAAAGAAGAGCAAGAGAAAGAGCCAGAGAAAGAGAAAGAAGAAAAACAAGGAAAACUAGAAGACCAUCCUGCAAUGAAAAGUGAUCAUGAAGAUCAUUUUCACUACAUUCAGUCCCCAAUUAGGUCUUCCCAAAAUAUUAUGAUUGAACAAGAAGAAGACCCUUUCCUAGAGAAAACCCAUGUCUCUAGCACUCUUGGGUUCCUCUUGGAUGAAGAGCCCCUCUCUUAUUCCCAGCUCAUGAGCUUCUCAACACCCAAAUCUGAAGAAAAUGACUUCUUUGAUGAGCUUGAAGAACUACCCACAUUUUCAUCUUUCCCAAGCUUCAUGAGGAGCAAUCUCUCCCUUGAAAGGAUUCCCUCUGUCCCCUCUUGAUCCCAGUGGACUUGUUUUUAGUGUUUUUAGUGUUUUUAGUGUUUGCAGCCCUUAGAACAAUGUACCUAGCAAAAUAUUGUUAAUAUAUAUGUCAUCUUCAUGCCUUUAGCCCACUA